GUGGACUAAUAUUAAACAUAUGGGAACAAAGCGAAGUUGUUUAGGAGUGGCCGCACUUAAUGGUCUUCUAUACGUGGCCGGAGGUUAUGACGGUGCUUCGUGUCUGAAUAGUGUCGAGCGUUACGACCCAUUAGUGGCCGAAUGGUCUUCAGUACAGGCGAUGGAAACCAGAAGAAGAUAUUGUCGACUAUCAGUACUCGAGGGCUGUCUCUAUGCGGUGGGUGGUUAUGACGGCUCUAACUAUCAGUCAUCCAUUGAAAGGUUUGAUCCACGAGAGGGCAAAUGGCAGGCAAUGCCAGCGAUGAUAAGCCGUCGGAGCAGUUGCGGUGUCGCCGCUCUGGACAGACAGCUAUACGUUGUCGGAGGAAAUGACGGCUCCCUUUGCAUGUGUAGUGCCGAGCGAUUUGAUCCGUUGAGGAAUGCCUGGGAAUCGGUUCCGUCG